CGGUUGACGCAGCGGGAGCGCUCUGGUGCUCCGCGCGUCAUCAGUGGUGACAUCACCAGGGGCCGCGCGGCCACUGCCGGCCUCGUCCGUCUGUCCGCACGCGCGCACUCGGGGCCAAAGAUCAUAGUUGGAGACGGCAGCCUCGGGAAAUUAAACAUUGUAGAUAAAUUGUGAACGGGGUUAACAAUGCCUGAAGUAAAGUCCAUAUUUCGAGAAGUCCUUCCUAAACAAGGUCAACUCUCCUUUGAGGAUACCCCAACUAUGGUACUCUGCAAACCAAAACUGCUGCCACUUAAAUCAGUAACAUUGGAGAAGAUGGAGAAAAUGCAAAGGGAAGCAGAGGCUACCAUACGGCAACAGGAGCUGGCACAAAGACAACAGCAGUAGGAUGACUUCACAGCGCUGAAUUAUAUCUGUAAAACCACCCACAAAGGCAUUCCUAAUAAACCUGUAAUAAAAUUAAAUGUUUCUUUAAAUAAAGGAUAAUUCCUCAUUUUA